UAAAUGCGAUAGCUGUCCUGUACCCAUGCACCACCCUGCGUUCUGCCAAGUUUGGCUUGUCGCACCACCUCCCAUGAUCGACUGACCCCGGGCUGGCUAAAAAUGACAAAGGGGGUGGGGCCCUUUGCCGGUGGCAGCUGCCAUUGUCAGGCUUGCUGGGCCCACGUUUGUGAUUUGCCCCUCCAAACAGGCGGCGGUGGCGGUGGCGGCAGCGGCGGCAGCGGAGGUGGUGGAGGCGGCAGUGGUGGUGGGAUGGGGGGAGGGUACGCAUGGGGUGCAUUAGCUCAUGGGAAAAGGAAGGCGGGGGUCGCUGUCCAAGCCACGGGACGGUGGCUUGACACUCAGCAGCAGAAACCAAGCGGGACUUGCAGCCUAUCAAAGGAAAACGCAGAGAAGAGUCACAUUCGCUGGGAAUGGUGACUGAGAGCUCGAGAACGGGGCAAGAAGAAAAAAAGGCCACAGUCGUCACUUUCAAGAGACACGAGUCAAAGGCGUUGUUAUUGCAACGUGAUCCAAGGGGUCUCGCACUAAAUAUACCCCUGUGUCAGAGACUGGCACCGAGCUCCUUCUCCUCAAUCACCAGGUAACCUUUUGGGCUUUACUUCAGCACCAAGGGCAUCUGAGAGACUUGAAGGAUCUUGAAAUUCAAAAAUGUGACAUCAGGUGAUUUAAUUUGUGCCCUAGCCAUACAAUCACUCGAUAACAGUAAGAAUGAAAAAAUCGGUAGGGGACGCGUCCCCAAAGAAGGAGGUGGGUGAAGCCCCACCGAGUGCCGUCGUGCCACCCAAACGCUCCAAAGUCAGCCCGGAGCGAACGCUCGCCGAGCCCCGAGGACCCGCCCUUCCCAGCCCGACUCCGCCGAUUUUCACGCGCAAGAUGCGGAAUGCCGCCGUCGGGACGGGCUGUGACAUCCGGCUCAAGGUGACCGUUUGCGGAGACCCCCAGCCUUCGCUGUACUGGUACCACAAUGACGAGCUCCUCAACAUGGAAAACCAGGAGUACGGAGGCCUCUGGAUUCGGGAUUGCAAGCCCGGCGAUGCCGGCCUGUACACCUGCAUCGCGAAUAACCACCUGGGAGAGGCCCGCAGCAGUGCUGUGCUAGCCGUCUUGGAUCUGGGUGAAGAAUCAGACAGCAGUGAGGACGAAGGGGAAGACCAAUUUGACACCAAUGAAAAUAGUUUGGAGAGUGAGGACCGCGCAGUGCACCCAGUGAUGGACAAGCGUGCAGAUGAUGAAACCAGAGCAUGCGAAGAUUUCACAAAAGCAAGGAGCCAGUCAAAUGAUUCUCCAAGAGGUUCUCCACCAGAAGUUCUCCCGCCCCCGUCCCCAAGACUCGUCAAACGUGCCUCCACCUCUCCAAUGCCAAGUCGCUCCGGUUCGACAACACCUCUCAGCUUGCGGAAAAAACUUGCUGCACCAGCAGAAUACCAAGACACGGUGCCCGCUGAAUUUGAAGAAAAGGUUAAAAUGCCCAAAUCUCCAAAUAACACCCAAGAUUCACGACCACAAACUCCAGUGAGCGAGUACUCCCGGAAAGAGUUGACUCAGAGACCAUCGCCGAAGCUUACCAGAGCAAGUUCCAAAGUUUUUGAGAAGGUCCGUGACUUGGAAGAGAGAAGGCGAAGCCUGGACUUCCCCGAAGGUUCCGUAUCAGGGAGAUCCUGGGCAGGGUUCAAUCGAGCGGGCUCCGUCGACUCGGAUGACGGCGGUAGCCGUCUGGGUAUUUCACGAGAAAGUUCCAGGGAAGAUCUGAGAGAGGCUCUCAAAGAAGACGCGGCCGAGCGCAGAUCAAUGUUCAAACAGAGGGCUGCCUCGCUCGAGGAGAAACCUCGCUAUUCUCAAAAGGUACAGGACAUAGAGAACAAGUUCACGCAGGAGCUGCAACGUAUCAAAAAGCUUGUCGGUAAACCCCAUUUGAAGAAAUCCUUUUCAACAGAACAGCUCACCUCAAAGGCGAGGCAGCGCCAGCCUUUCAGGAAAAUCGAACCUAUUCCCCCGCAGGUCCUUCAAAGGCUCCAAGAGAGGGAACGAUGUCAGUGGACAAAAGCGCCAAAAGGACUCCAUCCGGGACAGCAAACGCCAGAGCAGCGGCAUUCCCAAGUUCAAAACAGCACAAGCGCCGGCAUCACAAGAGUAAAAGAGGCCACAGAGUCAAUGCAGUUAUCGGACUUGCCGGGAGUACGAUCACUUCGAGACUUGAGUCGAGUCAGCCCAGUUACUGAAAUAAUUCAGAGGUCAUCAUCGCCGGCCUUAUUCCAGCAACAAACGGGAGACUCACAGAGUUUGACGAAUCUGGAAACGACUGCACAGAAACUUGAAAUGAGGCCCCCAAGUCCACUGGUACAAAGGAUUUCAAGGAGCCAAGAAUCUCCGCGUAGCCCUGAACUUCCAAUGCCAACGCAAGGUCACGAUACGGCAGGGAGAACGACGCCGAUAGAAGUAACGUUGAGAAAAGUUGAAAACAGGCCUGAUAGUCCACUCGUAAAAAAAUGUGCUGUCACUGCUCAAGAUACAAGUCAUCAAACAGCCCCAACACCCACGGGAAGGGUGCAAGCCGAUCCACCGAAGGAAAAAACCGAGGUGACUCUCCCAAAAGAAGCUCCAACUAGAAGCAUCCCUAAAAUUGUUGUGGAAGGUGAAGAUGUUCCCAAGGAGACAAAUGAACCCCGACAGGCCAAAGGACAACAGCCGAAGACCAAAGUCAAACAUCGUCGUCAACGAGCAACGUUUCCUGAAAUGGAUUCCUCAGAUGAUUCCUACAUGUCUGCCGAAGAGGACCCGAUGGAAGCACCCGUCUUUGACUUUCCUCUUCAAGAUACGGUCGCCAAAUGUGGUUCGGAUGUGCUACUCAAAUGUAACAUCUCCGGCACGCCCAUUCCUGAAGUCACAUGGACAAAAGACAGCGUGGAGGUCACCAGCCUUUCAAAUUACGCCGUCAAAGUGGAAGGCGAACGACACAGUCUACUCAUAAAAUCGGCGCAGAUGGGCGACGGUGGAAACUACGGCGUCACGGCUGUGAACCAGGAGGGCAAAGUGACCAGCAAUGCUACACUCACAAUCAAAGCAGAACCCAUUCAGGAACCGAAGAGUGUCUUGGGUCUUCCGAUGGACAUUAGCAGCCCCAUCACAUCGGACGAGGAGUACCUCAGUCCCUUGGAGGAAGCCAUGGAUUUUAGUUCGCAACAGCCGAGGGGGACUCUCGAGACCAAGUUCAAGAAAGCUCCUGCAUUUCUGGAAACAAUGACUGAUCAAGCCGUUGUUGAAGGACAGGAAGUCACCAUGUUGGUCCGCAUAAGUGGUCAACCAAAACCUUUGCUGUAUUGGUUGAGAGACAGAGUUACGGUCAAAAGUGGCCCACGCCAUACUGUCCGGGAGACAGAGAAUGGCACUUUUCAAAUGACCAUCCAUUCGGCCCUAAAGUCAGACUCGGGGAUUUACACCUGCAAGAUCAUCAAUGAGUUUGGAACCAAACAGUGUGAAGGGACCCUAGACGUCAAAGUACUACCCGUCGAGCCGAGCUUGGCCGUCAUCCGCCCAGUGAAAGACAUCACAGCCAACGCGGGCGAAACGGUGCUGUUUGAGUGCCACGUCAUCGGGCCGCAAGACACAGACGUGGACUGGCUGGCCAAUGGGAAACUGAUCCAACCUGCAUUGCUCAACUGCAAAAUGCACUAUGACGGAAGGAAAUGUCGCCUGCUGCUUAAUUCGGUGCACGAGGAUGAUAGCGGGACGUACACUUGCAAGCUGAGCACAGCUAAAGAGGAAAUUACUUCAUGUGGGAAACUAAGAGUGAUUCCCUCAAUUGAGCCGCUCUUUACUCGCCAACUGGAUGUUCUGGAAGUCAUCGAGGGCCGCAAUGCUCGAUUUGACUGCAAAGUCAGCGGGACCCCACCCCCAAAAGUCAUCUGGACUCACUUUGCAGAUCACCCGCUCGCCGAGAGCGAGGAUGUGCGUAUUCUUCAGGAGAACGGCCGUCACUCCCUCAUCAUCUCUCACGUGACCAAUGACGAUGAGGGUUUCUACACUGUGACGGCCACGAACAGUCACGGAGAGGCCGAAUGUUCUGCUGAGCUCUACAUUCAAGAGCCACGGCCGGCCAUCUCCUCGCAGAUGGCGAAACUGGAGAAGAUGCCAUCCAUACCGGAGGAGCCCGAGGUCCCUGAGAAUGAAGUUGAGCGUUUCACAAUGCCCGACUUCAUCAAGCCCCUUUAUGAUCUGGACGUCAUUGAGGGGAAGGAGGCUGUUCUCAAAUGUAAAGUGGCCGGAUUGCCGUAUCCCACCAUCGCCUGGUUCCACAACGGCAAAAGAAUCGAAAGCACGGAGGACAGAAAGAUGACACAGUUUCGCGAUGUCCACAGUCUGGUCAUCCGCUCAGUGUGCCACGCGCACGGUGGCGUCUACAAGAGCGUCAUCUCCAACAAAAUAGGAAAGGCCACUUGCUACGCUCAUCUCUAUGUCACGGAUAUCCUCCCUGAUCCUCCUGACGGGACACCAGUGAUCGAAUCGAUCACUGGUAAAGUGAUCACCCUUAGCUGGAAGAAGCCAAGGAGAUUGGACCCUUCAAUUGAGUCAAAGUCCUUGAUGUACGCCAUCCAGCAACAAGCCCUCGGCUCCAUUCAGUGGACAAUUAUUGCAUCUAGCCUGAAGGAGACCACUUACGCCAUCAGCACACUGUCCAAAGGUGUGCGCUAUUCUUUCAGGGUUUUGAGCAUCACCUCCAAGGCCUUCAGCAAGCCCUCAGCCGCCACAGACCCAGUGCAACUGCUGGACCGAGGUCCCUAUCUUCAAGAAGCUCCCGUGAUUAUUGAUAAACCGGAAAUUGUACAUGUGAUGGAAAACCAGUCUGUAACCAUCACCAUCACCAUCAAUCAUGUCAAUGCUGCCAUCAUCUGGAAAAGGAGGGGAGCGGUCUUGGACAACAAGCGGGGCGUGUACGAAAUGGCAAUGCCAGAUGAUGAUCAGCACACUCUGACGCUAACGAAAAUGAAGCACGCCGACGUUGGAGAAUUUAUGUUUGUGGCAUCCAACAAGCAUGGAAGUGACAGCUGCACAUUCAGCGUGGAGAUGGCAGCUCCCCCAACAUUUGAGACGAUAAUGGAGGAUAUUGACGUUUGCUCUGGGGAGUCCCCUCGCUUUGCUGUGGUUGUGGAAGGCCGGCCCAUUCCGGACAUCCUCUGGUUCAAGAGCGAUAUUUUGCUGUCGGAGGGCAGCCAUUUCACAUUUGUGUACGAUGACAACGAAUGUUCACUGGUGGUCCUCAACGCUUGCCCUGAGGAUUCAGGAGUGUACACCUGCACCGCCAGAAACUUGGCAGGCUCCGUGUCCUGUAAAGCCGAACUCACCGUUCAUGAAGCUUUAAGUAAAGAGGAGCCGAUGGAAGACGAGGCGAGCAUUUUGAGGAAAAUGCGGCGACUGACCGACCAUUAUGACAUCCACAAGGAAAUUAGAAGAGGUGCAUUUUCCUACGUGAAGCACGUGACCCAGAAAGUAGACAAAAUGGAAUACGCCGCCAAGUUCAUCUCCACACGAGCCAAGAGGAAGACCUCUGCUCUGCGAGAGAUGAGUCUCCUCUCCAAGUUGGACCACGAGCGAAUUGUCUUCUUGCACGAUGCCUUUGAGAAAAAGAACACAGUCGUCAUCAUCACUGAACUAUGCCACGAGGAGAUUCUUGACCGAUUCACACGGAAAUCGACGCUCACGGAGUCUGAUGUACGUUCGUGUAUUAGACAGUUGCUCGAUGGAAUGGAUUAUCUUCACCAUCUUAACAUCAUGCACCUGGAUAUCAAGCCUGACAACAUCCUCAUGGCAGACGCACACAGUGAUCAACUCCGAAUCUGUGACUUCGGCAAUGCGGUGGAGGUCACGCCGGAUGAGGCUCAGUAUUGCAAAUAUGGCACACCAGAAUUUGUUGCGCCAGAAAUUGUCAACCAGACCCCGGUAUCAAAGGCAACUGAUAUCUGGUCAGUUGGAGUUAUUGCAUACCUGUGUCUGACAGGAGUGUCUCCAUUUGCUGGUGAAAAUGACCGCAGUUCCGUGCUGAACAUCAGGAACUACAAUGUGGCCUUCGAGGAAAGCAUGUUUGCCAAUCUUUCUCGAGAAGCUAAAGGUUUCAUCAUUAAACUGCUCGUAGCAGAGAGACUGCGACCAGAUACUCAAGAAUGUCUCAGAAAUCCCUGGUUCAAGACUCUCAGUAAGGGGUCAGUUAUAAAUACAGACUCACUGAAGAAGUUCCUAUCUCGCAGAAAAUGGCAGCGUUCAAUAAUCAGCUACAAAUCUAAAAUGGUCAUGAGGUCCAUUCCCGAGUUGCUGGAUGAUUCCUCAAGUCAUAUCUCCAUCGCAGUUCCCAGACACCUUAAGGAUGCUUCGCCUUUGCCUUCCUCAUCCUCCGAUUCAGAUGAAGACAUCGAUGAACUUCCUUUUAUUCCAAUGCCGCUCAACAUGGAAUUCUCUGGUUCAAGGGUGUCACUGAAUGACAUCCAGACUAGUGAGAAAGACUCGGUGAAACAGAACGGAACGUGUAAGCAGUUCACAUCUGCUCUUCAAGACACAGCGGAACACAAUGCAGUUGAAAUGAACAAAGAAAAGCUUCAAUUGACGGGUAAAAGUCGGCAAAACGAAAGAACAAUGAAAGGUGAUGACAAGGGUUCCUCAGAUGAAGAAUUACCUGCUGGGCUGCCAGAGAAAGUUCUAAAGAGAAAACCUCUGCAAAGGGGGUCCAGCAUGGAGUCUGACAAACCUGAGACCGUGAGACGAAAAGGGGAGCUGAGACGUGGAGGAUCAGCUGACAGUGCUUUGCUACUUCGGAUCAGGCCAGAAGAAGUACUCUCAGAAGGAAAUCAAGAGGGCGGAAGAAAAGUUCUCAAGAAAGCCGCCUCGAUGGAACUACCAAGGCGGAGCACCAGUCCGGGGACUGCAACGAUGAGCCAAGAAGAUUACGCUCUGAAGCUAGAACUGAUGAGGCAACGAUUGCUUCGUGGAGGAUCCCUGGACAAAAAGAUGAGUGGACUGCGAGGGCCUCUAUUAGAAACAUUAGGAAUGGGUGAUGACAAAGGUGCAAUCUCCUCAGAUCGCCAUUCUCGCACUACCCGACUGGCACCCCCUUCGCUGACGAGAGCGGCGUCGAGUGACUCACCCAGGGAUGACAUUUCCAAACCCAAAGUCCUGAGCAAAAGUGCUUCCUUCAGUCAAGGAGAUUCCGAACCAAUAGCCUCACACAGAAGGUCAGGAGCCCCCCUUGAAAUUCCUUUGGUACAGGUGGAAGAGCGACGACUCAAGGAAGCUAUAUCCAUGUCAGCUCUCACUGAGCAAACCAAGCUCGACUCCUGCCCAGCGACUCCUCGAGAGCCUUCACCAAAACUGCCGACACCAGAUAUUAUCCAAUGGGACAGUCCCAUUAAAACGCAAAGUCAGGAAUCAUCAAAGGAGAAAGAGACGACAUCGAAUGAAACUACCAGUGGAAAGAAAGAAGCGGUGGUUACAGACAAUCAUUUUGAUGAGAAGUCAAGCACAAGCGGCUUCACUGAGAAGGACUUGAGCAUAUCACAGGAAGUACUGAAUAAAUCAGAGGUUGUGGCCCACGUUAUUUCUUCACCAGCUGCCGCAGUCCAAAGCUCUGAAAUUGAGGGUCAUUUGGAGAAAGAUGUAGGGACAAAAGAACAAAAAGAAAAAAAACUGAUAGUGAAAGAAAAUGACGAAGGUCCGGAAGCUGUGAAUGAAGAAAAUGCAUCUGAAGAAACGUUACAAGAGAAAGAAAUAACACCUGGUAAAUCAUCCGACAUUAUGACUUCAAACUCAGUUACCACAAGAGAGGUUCCGUCUUAUUCAACAUCGUCUGCCCCUGCACAGGUUCUUCUUCCUGAUGGAAGGACUUCAGCAUAUGCUAGCAUUAUGCAGACAAUCAUGGUCCCUUCCCUUCAACCUUUCAAUGAUACACCGCUCGGCCCGUCUACCCCUGUUGAUGUCCUCGAUUCCGCAUCAGCCCCUACAGCAUCUGAUGAAUUUGUAACUGCGUCAUCACCUUCAACGCCACGCAUUGUGUCAACUACCGAGCACCCGGCCGUGUACUCUCGCGUGGCCUCACCCGAAACCAUAGCAAAGGAGCCUAGUCCGCCAAAGAUGACCACCCAUUCCUCUCCUCCAUUUGUAGGAGUGCACCUAGAAGACAUUUCCUCUCAAGAGGUGUUUGAGGCCCGCUUCAAAAAACGUGACUCUUCCCUCACAAGAACUUUGAAAUUUUUAUCCCGAUCAAAGAAUGAGGAUAAAUCACCUGUAACGUUUUCAGAUUCAACUGAGUCAGGUGAGGUGGUGUACAGGCCCGGUCCGAUGGGUGCCCCACUGGAAUUGGCACAGAGAAAACUUGAGAAGUCCAAAUCGGUUCAGGAUCUUCGUGAAGCUCAAAAGGACCAAGGUUUUAUGAGGAGGCUUUCCCUGCGGUUGAAAAGAAGUCCUUCAAUGGAACACAAAGAGGAAGUGACCAAAGAAGAUGAUUCAGGGUCAUUAAGACGUAGGUUGUCUUGGAAACUCGGAAGAAGAGGAUCACAAGAUCAGAAGGAAGUGGAGAUGAUGCGCAUGGAUGGUGGAGCUGAUGUCACCGUUAAAAAAGAGGAGAAGGAGCCUAAAAUGUGCAAUGAAUCUCCAGUCUUGACGAUGCGGAGGAAGAUCGAAUCAACAGUGGCCGGUCUCUCGACCAGAAUUCGCAGCUACUCUGAAGAAAGAAAAGCGGCGGAAGAGAAGGAGCCAAAGAAGACGCCAAUCCUGUCCAUGCUUCGUCGUGCAACAUCAGAAAACCGUGGAAUAAAAGUUACCAAUGUUCCUCAGAACCAGCUGGCAUCUCAGGCCAGUAAUGGAGCUUCAUCUGAGUCACUGGACUCAAUGUCCAGCUCAAAGUCUGACACGUCAAAGGUUCUCGAAGGUGAGCGAAGAUCUCGUUGGGAUCGAUGGGGUCUGUCCCGAGGGAGACGAUCCAAGGCCGGAUCACAACCAGAUCUACCCACGGCCAUCGCCAGGGAGACGAGUUCCCAGCCAUCGCGCCAGUACUCCAGACUGGUAUCCGAUUUUCCUCCGGUGUUCCAUAUUAAGCUAAGAGAUCACGUCCUGCUUGAAGGGGAUCCAGUGACACUCAGCUGCCUGCCUGCAGGAAGCCCUCAGCCUCACAUCACCUGGAUGAAAGAUAAGAAACCCUUGGACAUAGACGCGAGGAUGAACAUGAUAGCCUGCCCUGACGGCAGGCAGCUUCUGAUGGUUAUGCAGACCACCAAAAAGGAUGCAGGGGUUUACGAAUGUGUCGCGACAAGCCCCCUGGCUUCUGCUUCCAGUUCUUGCACAAUUUCCCUUGCCCGUCUGCCCAAUCGCCCCGGAACACCCGAGAUCCCUCAGAAGUACAACAACACCGCUUUGGUGCUGUGGAGACCGUCCGACACGACUGCACCUUGCACAUAUUCUCUGGAGAGGAAAACUGAAGGAGAGAGCAACUGGUUGAUUGUGGCCACAGGGGUGGCCGACUGUUACUACAACGUGGUUGAUUUACCAGCGGGAGGCUCUUUCAGAUUUAGGGUGGCUUGUGUCAACAAGGCCGGCCAAGGCCCAUACAGCAGCCUCUCGGAAGUUGUGCGACUGGGGCCUGCAGAACCUGUUGAAUCCAGUGCCCCAGUGGUGGUCAAGACCAGCCCGGCGCAAGGUCCAUCAACCCCUGUGCUGAUGAUGUCAUCCAUGAAAUUCCCACCCAUGAAACUGGCUCUAAGUAAAGCCCCAACGCAGACACGGGCCCCGACGCAGACACCCACCCCGACACAGACGCCCACUUUGACCCAAACGCCCACCACACCUGCAUCUCUAAAUUGUCCUGCACAGACGGCAAAAUCGCCAUCCCCAAAAACCAUCCGGCCGACGGCGCUAGUUGAAGUGAAGCGGACGCCACCCGUGAGUACGGCCCCUUCUGGACCAGCGCCGGCUCAGACCAACACAACGGUGCAAACUACAGCAGGCAAAGCAAAGUCCACUCUCAGCAUCAGUGUGGGCAAACCUCAAGCCAAGACGACAGCUCCGCCUGUCGCCCCACCCAAACCCCAGACCCCCAUAAAGGUGAUUAAUACCAAGGCUCCCUCUCCUGUAGCUCCACCGGCCCCUGUCAUCGGGAAGCCCAUCUCCUCGGUGCCGAUGUAUGCACCGUCUGCCAGUGCUCGUGUUAUGCCAUCACCUCAAUCCGCCAUCACACCAACAGUCACCACGUCCUCCGUCUCUGCCGUUCAAGUCUCCGCGCCGGCGGUGGUGAUACAAAGUUUGACGCCAGUGCUGCAGGGUGGGGACAGUCGCGGUACCCCGUCGGGGCGGAUCACUCCAUCAGGACGGAUCACUCCGUCGGGACGGGCGACACCUUCUGGAAGACGUACACCUCUCGGCAAAGCUGGAGAGGGAUAUCUGCGCCAGGGCGUUCCUCAAAAACCUUAUACCUUUAUGGAUGAGAAAGCCAGGGGUCGCUUCGGCGUGAUCCGAGAGUGCCGGGAAAAUGCCACGGGGAACCUGUUCAUGGCCAAGAUUGUCCCGUACGAGGCCGACACUAAGCAGGCGGUGCUGCAGGAGUACGACAUCCUCAAGUCGCUUCAUCACGGCCGCAUCAUGGCGCUGCACGAGGCUUACGUCACGCCUCGCUACCUGGUGCUUAUCUCAGAGUACUGCAGCGGGAAAGAAAUGCUCCGAAGCCUCGUAGACAGGUUCCGUUACUCGGAGGAGGACGUGGUGAGCUACAUCGUGCAGAUCCUCCAGGGCUUGGAAUACCUCCACACCAGAAGGAUUCUCCACCUGGACAUCAAGCCCGAGAACGUCAUGGUCACGCAUAUGAACGUCAUCAAGAUCAUUGACUUCGGCAGCGCUCAGAACUUCAACCCGCUUUUCCUCAAGCAGUUCAGCCCACCUGUUGGAACGCUGGAGUGCAUGUCUCCAGAGAUGUUGAAAGGGGAUGUGGUGGGCCCCCCAGCAGACAUCUGGAGCGUGGGUGUGAUCACUUUCAUAAUGUUGAGCGGCCGGUCGCCUUUCAUGGAAAAUGAUCCCGAGCAGACCGAGAUGAAGAUCCACGCUGCAAAGUUUGAUCUCGCCAAACUCUACCAAAACGUGUCCCAAAGUGCCUCGCUCUUCCUCAAAAAGAUCCUCUGUAGCUAUCCUUGGGCCCGUCCCUCGAUCAAGGACUGCUUCAGUCAUUCUUGGCUUCAAGACGCCUACCUGAUGCGUCUUCGGCGGCAGACUCUUACCUUUACAACCACCCGCCUCAAAGAAUAUUUGAGCGAGCAGCAGCACAGACGAGAGGCGGUGGCAACCCGGCAUCAGGUUCUCCUUCGCUCCUACCAGAGCUCUCCGCAAAGCCCCACCGGUCCGGUCACACCGGCUCUGCCCGCUUCCCCCGUCCCCCUCUAAAAGUAGGCCUCUGAACACGAGAUGUGGACGACGCUGAGGAAGAACACGAGGAACACCCUCAGCGUCGGACGUUGAGCUGCUUGCUGACGUCGAGCCUUCAAGGCCUGAGUUGCUGAACUCAGUUGGCAAAGGGCCAUGAAAUGCCAAGCAACACGUCGCCUGGAAUCCGACUGAAUUUUGUCGGUUUUGUUAGCGACCUUCAUCUAUCGCAGGACGUUACCUCAUGUUUGGAACUUGGCUGAAAUGCUCUUCUUAUACCUGAAAUUGAGCAACACGUGAGUUACACGCUGCAAACAUUGCUUCCUUUUCACACGAUAGCAAAUCCAUCAUCCCUUUAUUAUUAAAAGCCUCACGUUUGUGCUACCUAUGAACAGCGAUUUGAAGUUUCGGCACAGUUUUAAAGACUCGGUCUGGUUUUUUUUGAGCAAAGAGAUGCAUUUGUGGGCGUGCCACAAGGGCUACUUCGAUCAAUACUUGGACUAAGACUCUCAACGGGAAGGCAAGGAAAGAGGAGUUGAAUCUCAGGAGAUGCAUUUAUUUUGAAAAUAUCCAAAACAGGGGACAAUUUGCUCCGGGAGAGAUGCCUCCUUGCGGGAGUAGAAAAAAAAAAAACACCUCAGUGGCUACCAUCUUACAUAUUUGCUUGUUUUUCCUGAUUAUAGACCAGACCGGGUUCUCACCGCUCAAAGUUGAACAAGCCAUCACUUUGUUCCCAGACUCGGUGAUUUCAAGAUCGAUACCGAGUUCAUGGAAAUGUAUCAUGGAGUGCAAAUUAGUCUCAUUUAAAUUUAGAUCCCAAAAAAAUGACAGGAAAAUACGGA